UGUUCUUCUUGCUUCCAUUUUCAUAUCUGCCAUCUCUCUUCUUUCCUUUCCUGAAAGCAAUCCUCCUAUUUCUUGGUCAGACUCACAAUUGGAUAGCAAAGACUGUCUCUCCUCUUCUUUCAUAUCAUUUUUUGUACACCCUCAUUUGUCUCUCCUUCGCUCCACUCUUCUCUCUAUUUAACUUUUUUUUUCUGUUUUCUUUUAACUCUCUCCCUCAACCCAUACAUUCAUUCGUUUAUUCAUUCAUCCAUUCAUUCAUUGAUAUUCAUUUUCUAAUCACAUCACAGUUUCAAAAUACCACAAAGCCAUGUCUCUUCAACAGCAACAGCAACACUCUGACAUCUACCCUGUCCAACUCACUGAUAAUGACUGGGCCAGGAUUCUGCAGAGCAACAAAGAAGCGCAGGAGAUGUUAUCCAAUACCAUUGCUCAUCAUGAACAAUAUAGAGAAGAAGACCCUAUCAAACGAAAGGGCGUCAUCUCUCAGAGCCAUGCCAACAGCAACAAUGACUCGUUUAAACAUGGAUCCGAUAGAGCAGAGAACGACCAGAGUUCUGAUGACGGCCACUCACCCGGCGAAGGCAAGCCAGCACCAAAGAAGGCAGGCCGCAAGCCAUUGACUACUGAACCGACCAAUAAGCGAAAGGCCCAGAAUAGAGCAGCACAGCGUGCCUUCCGUGAUAGAAAGGAACGCUAUGUUAAGUCUCUGGAGGAACGUAUCAAAGAACUUGAGGAACUCAAUCCUGGCAAGACUGAUGCCAAACUAGCAGAGGAGAAUAUGAACCUCAAGCUCAUGGUUCAGAAGCUCGAGACCGAGAACUAUUUCCUCAAGGAACAGGCUUUCACCUUUGACUUCCCCAUCAGCCAGCCUGGUCUCUACAACGUCGCCAAAUUGAGUCAUGAUGGCCUGUUGCAACCCAACACCAAUAGUAGUCAAAAUGCUCAGUCUAGUCAGAGUCCUAAGCAUUCGGUUCUCAGUCCUACAUCACAGACUCUCGAUUCUGCUAGCAGUAGUAGUAAUACGGCAACACCCCCAACACCCGCACAGAACAAGUCUUUUGCUGCGAGCAAUGUGGCUAAACCCCCCACUUACGAUCAACUUCCCUGGUCACCACCAUCGUCUGUUGGUGACAGCGUCCCCAAUUCGCCUCUAGAUAGCGAUCUGUCAACACCAGAGCAAGACACUGUAAACCAGUCUACUCCCACGGAUAAUGCUGGUGUGGUACCAAGGUUCAGAAAUAGCUCACCCGAGGAAGCGGCACUCUUUUCUCAGAUUCUAGAUGGAACUGGCAACACAGCUCCAAUCAAUUCUAUCAUCUCAAGCGCCACUACUACCGCCACUACUACCAUCCCUGUUACAUCACAACAGUUGUUGCAACCAAGUCAGACCACCUUUAAUCAAAUGAAUCAAUAUGUCCCAUUUGGCCCUACAACGACUAGCACUGCGGUGAACUUGAGCAGUGCAAGCCCUCUGAGCACUUUGGCGGGUCUUUCUGAACAUAGCUCUUCUCCUUCAAUGGAUGAAUUGGUCAAUACGCCAUUGUUUGAUGCAAAUUUGCAGUUUACACCAACCACAUCGGGCUUGUCAGUAGCUCCCUUCACAUUUGAUCAAACGCAAGCUUUAUUCACCGACUUCCGUGAUCCAUCGGACCCACGUGAUUUUUUCACUUUUGAAGACCCAGUCGAGGCUUCAUUCCACGAUGAUAAGCUUGGGGGGCUAUUCAGCGACCAGUUACUUGACUAUACCAACGCUUUUGCUAAUGUAGCGGCAACAUCAACAACGACGCCGUUGACCAAGGAAGAUGGAUGCGAGGAAUUCUCUGGCAAAGACGGCAAUAAGCACGUAUUGCCACCAUUGGGAGAGAACGAAAAAGCGUACCCUUGCCCACAAGCCUGGGAGCAGCUCGCUAAGCAUCCCAACUUUGAUGAUGUAGAUAUUGAUGAGUUAUGCGCAGAACUCAAAUCCAAGGCCAAAUGCUCUGGACACGGCCCUAUGAUUGCACAUGCGGAUGUGGAGAAGCUGAUGAACAGAUUGGAUCAACAAUAGAGACUGGUACAAGCACCAUCCGAAUGUGCUUAAAUGAAAAAAAAAAAAAAAAAAAAAAAAAAAAAAAAAA